CGCGCGACAUUACGGUAAAUUUAUAGAUCCGUCGGAGUCUUGGUUGUUUGCAAACCCAAAGAGCACUGCAAUGUAAAUUUAUCAAAAGAAUAAUCGGACGGCAUACCGAAAAUAGCGCAGCAGAAAACCUCAGAAUCUUCUUUCAGCUACACUGCUUUCUGAACUUCUCCCGGCUCAGUAGUGCAGGAGCCUCAGACGUAUUUCAUCCUCUUCCUCAUCGAUUGUGACUCAGAACUUCUCUCUCUCUGCUGAGGGAGCACCUACCGUCUGUACUUCUGCAGUCCAGUACACCAAAGCAGACUUUUGGAAUGGCUGCUAAACCUCAUCCACCUCUGAUGAAGAAACACAGUCAGACCGAUCUGGUGAGUCGACUCAAGACACGCAAGAUCCUGGGCGUCGGUGGAGAGGAUGAUGACGGAGAAGUGCAUAGGUCAAAGAUCAGUCAGAUGCUGGGGAAUGAGAUCAAGUUUGCAGUUCGAGAGCCUGUGGGACUGAGGUUAUGGAUCCUCUUCUCCGCUGUGGUUUUCACAGUCAUGGCCCUUAUGGCCCUAGCCUUCCCUAACCAGCUGUAUGAAGUUGUAUUUGAUCAAGAACAAACAGCCACCAGUGUCUCUAUACGUCUCUAUGGAGGGGCCAUUCUCAGUCUGUCUCUGAUCUUGUGGAAUGGCUUGUACACUGUGGAGAAGGCUAUCAUCCAGUGGACGUUACUUAGCGAGGCCUGCUACUUUGCCAUCCAGUUUUUAGUGACCUCCGUCACUCUGGUGGAGCUGGGUUCCUUACCAAAUCCUGCCAUCCUCCUCCUCCUCAGUCGCGUAUUCUUCCUCACUGUCACGCUGUCCUACUAUUACCAUCUUGGACGCCGGCCCAAGAAGAUCUGAGAGCCCCCCAAGCACCUGGUUACGACACACCUGGUGCUUGGGGAGUUGAGUGACGGGCCACUGGGCUGGAGUUUCCAUCAGAAGCUUUGAACAGUGACACGACCAACAACAUCAACCUGUUCACCUGGCGUUGAGCCCUACCACAAGGACAACGCCAACCCCAAGGCCUUUAUUUUGAUUUCAGCUUACACACAGGAGUUUGCCUUUACUGAGCAACUCCAUCUCUUUUUGAUUUCUUUUCUUUUUUUUUUAAUGGGAAACACUCACAAUAUGGUCAAAUGAAUUAAAUUUUUCUUUCAGAUGCAGUGCAGUCACAGUGUAGCCCUCCUCAUUCACCUUUUAUCGUGUAAAGUAUCGCACACCGUAGCCGAGCUUAGACUGCUGCCGUAAUUGUCUGUAGCUAUGGUAUCAACAAAACUGUAAAUCAUUUCAUGUAAUAAUGCCAAUGACUUUGAGCUCCUAGUCAUGUGACGUGUGUGAGGGUGGCAACUAGAAUGUGUGUGUUUUACGUGCAGGUCAUUCAGUGUUUAAGAAGUAAAUACAUUGUUCCUGGUUAGUGUAUUUUCUAUCAGUGCUGUAUCACUGAGCUAGGAACAACCUGCUCAUCAUCGAAUGAGUUCUUAUAUGGGAAUGGUUAUGAAAAGCAUAGUUAUAUUUUAUGGAUGACAGACGCAACAGGUUCAUUUGUUUGCUUAGUCGCCUAGUUGGUGCAUGGACUGUUUCAGGAACUUCAUUGUUUUAAACAGUUACUGGGUUUGAACUAAUUAUUCCUAUUUCAGAUAACAACUUUAUCAACUUUUAUUUUCUUAGUGUCAAGUUCGUUUUCAUCAAGAUGUCAGUGUGUAUGAACAAGAAAGCUUUUUCGUUUAGUAAUGCCACAGAACAUGGUUGUGUAGCACAAUGACAUGUUUCUUUCAGUUUAAAAAGCAAUGUAGCAGUAUUUUCCUUCACUUUUUUCCCUAAUGUUGCCUUAAUAUGCUAAACUGCACAAGCGUUCCACAUGUCAGCACACUGCCAGGUGUUUGUAUUCUGCAACUGAUCUGUAUAUAUAUUUUUGUUGAUUUGAAGUUGCUUAUUUAUUGGCCUGCCCCAAAGUUAAUUUAGAUUUUUUUUUUUUUUUAAAGGUUUGUGGUAUAACUUGCAUGUUGUUCAGUCCAGAAAUCAUCUUGUAUGCCCUUGAUAACAAGUUUUCUUGUGCAAGUUCUGAGACAAACUGCAAAAUCAUAAUGAGUUGUGUGUAUGUAGUUGCACGUUUGCUGCCUUCUGUGUAUUUGCUAUUAUUUUCCAAAGUGUCCAUUAGUACGACAGUGACAACUCCCAUUAAAAGCAUAGUAGAAUUGGAAGCAACUUUAAUAGCAUAACUUGGAUAUUAAAAAAAUGUUGAUUGGCUAAAUGAAUGAUUUCACAAGAAGCUAUAAGGUAAAUAUCUGUAGUUAAAUGUUGCGUAUGAGGAUACCGUGCUGUUGGUUGUUUUCAAAUAUGAUAGAGCUUCAGUGGAGAAACAAAGUGUGUUUAUGUACAGUGUGUGGACAAAAGUAGCAGUUCCUCUUGGCAGGCUUUAAUUAGGUUUCGCAUUUAACCUGGCCCAACUCCAAACCUCUGCUUACACGUGGCUCAAAAUAGGUAAUAAAGAAGUUCAAAGGAGCAUUUUAGAGGCUGAUUUUUCUUUCACAAGCCAGUUUGAUUUAGACUCUUUCUUGUCUUUACUUGGGAACAGCGUUCAUAGUUCAGAUCUCAGUACAAAUCAAAUCAGUCCUAACUAGUCAUUCAGAAUAGCCAUGGCUGUUACUGGAUGUUCUGUUCCUCAUUAAAAAGCAAGCUCUCGUCCCUCUUAACACUCGCCCAGCUAAAUAUGAUGAUGGCAAAUGCCAAACAUGAAUCAUUUGUUAUUCACGUCUCCUGAUGAGGAUUGUGUUGCCAUGCAAUUAGAAAUAAAAUCCAGUUAGCUGCUAGUGGCUUGAGAUGUCUGCCGAUGGUAAACAUAAUGCCUCUGAAAGGAUGUUCAUGUACUUUUUAAAUGUGUGUGUAAAUAUUUUAUUGAAAGAUAUUAUUGUUAUGGACCUGCAUCGUUAUCUUUUUGGAAUAAAGAAAAUAUACAUUUA